AUGGAGUUGGUUGUAGCGGCCAGUACCUCAACAGAUUCCGCACUAGUUCGAACAAUUCCAAUACAUUCACCACGCCGGCACCGCCGUAAUGCAGCUUUCUCCGAGUUUAAACAGCAGAAUCUCCCAGCUUGUAAGCCUGUCCUCAAGCCAGCCUAUGUUAUUACUACUUUUUUGUUGAUCGGUUUUUUUUUCAUUCCUGUUGGACUAGUCACUCUUCGUGCUUCUCGUACUGUUGUUGAAAUUGUGGAUCGCUAUGAUGCGGAAUGUGUUCCUGAGCCAUUUAGAGCGGACAAAGUGUCAUUUAUCAAAGAUAUCUCUCUUUCCAAAAAUUGCUCUCGGAUUCUCAAGGUGCGCAAGCAUAUGAAAGCUCCGAUAUACAUCUACUAUCAGCUUGACAAUUACUAUCAAAAUCACCGCAGGUAUGUCAAGAGUAGAAGUGAUCAGCAACUCUUACAUGGACUUAAGUCCAAAGACACAAGUUCCUGUAAUCCUGAAGAGUCCAAUAAUGGUCUUCCUAUUGUCCCUUGUGGACUGAUAGCGUGGAGUUUGUUCAAUGACACAUAUACACUUAUUCGUGGAACGGAAAAAUUGAGCAUCAACAGGAAGAAGAUUGCCUGGGAGAGUGACCGUAAUAGCAAAUUUGGGAAGCAAGUAUAUCCCUUCAAUUUCCAGAAUGGAACGUUGAUCGGUGGUGGGAAGCUAGAUCCCAAAAUCCCUCUAAGUGAUCAAGAGGAUCUUAUUGUAUGGAUGCGCACUGCUGCUCUUCCUAGCUUCCGCAAGUUGUAUGGUAGAAUCGAAGAGGACUUGGAGGCAGAUGAUGUUAUAGUGGUCCAUCUAAUGAACAAUUAUAAUACAUACAGCUUUGGAGGGAAAAAGAAACUUGUCCUUUCGACAUCAAGUUGGUUAGGAGGAAGGAAUGACUUUCUUGGAGUUUCCUACAUCUUUGUUGGUGGUUCUUCUGUAAUCCUCUCGAUUGUCUUCAUGUUGCUCCAUAUGAAAAAUUCAAGGUAA